ACGGAAAAAGAAAGAACCUUCUGCCGGUUUCAUUCCUUUUCUUUUUCCUAUAUGGACUCGCUCCGAUUCAGCGAGUCACGAACAACGCGAAAAAACCCAUUCCUUUAACUUGUUUUGACGUUGAUUGAAUUUAAUCUUUGUUUUCCUUUAUAUCGAAUAAGUCUCCAAUUUCCCCCCUUAAAUCGGCGAUGGGUACUAAAAGGCCACGGGCGAGUGUCGACGCGGCUGUUGUUGAUGUUUGGCAACGGGAAGUCGGGGAACUCUCAAAUAGGAAAUUCGCCCACCGGCUUGCUGCUUCCGAGGAUCUUGUGCUCCGAUUUGAAAUUUUCAAGAAACUUGAAAAGCAUCAAGGUUGUGUGAACACUGUGAGCUUUAAUGCUGAUGGUAACAUUUUAGUCUCCGGCUCCGAUGACAAGAGGAUUAUACUAUGGGAUUGGCAAACUGGGCAUGCUAAACUUACUUUCAAGUCAGGUCAUUCGAGCAACGUAUUCCAAGCAAAAUUCAUGCCUUACGCAGAUGAUCGUAGCUUGAUUACUUGUGCUGCAGACGGACAGGUUCGACAUGCUCAGCUGUUGGAGCGUGGUGUUGAAACUAGGCUUCUGGCCAGACAUGAAGGACAAGCUCAUAAAUUGGCCAUUGAACCAGGAAGCCCUCAUAUUUUUUACACUUGUGGUCAAGACGGAUUAGUGCAGCAUAUUGAUCUUAGAACUGCAGCGGCUACACAACUUUUUACAUGCCAUUCAAUUGAUGUUAGCAAGGCUGACCUGCCGGUUGUUCCUCUCAAUACUAUUUCAAUUGAUCCAAGGAACCCAAAUCUCUUUGCAGUUGCUGGAUCGGAUGAGUAUACUCGCCUUUAUGAUAUUCGCAAAUAUAAGUGGGAUGGCUCAACUGAUUUUGGUCAACCUACAGAUCAUUUUUGCCCCCCUCAUUUGAUUGGUGACGAUCAAGUUGGUAUAACUGGUUUGGCCUUUUCAGAUCAGAGUGAGCUUCUUGUCUCCUACAGUGAUGAGUUCAUUUAUCUCUUUACCCAAGAUAUGGGACUGGGCCCCAAUCCAGUUCCUUCUCCAUCCUCUGCAUGUAGUGAAGCAAGUGAAGUGGGACCUGACCACUCUGCUAUGGAAGCUGAUGAAAAAGUUAUUCCUCAAGUUUAUAAGGGACAUAGAAAUUGUGAGACGGUGAAGGGUGUGAGCUUCUUUGGACCCAAAUCCGAGUAUGUGGUUAGUGGAUCCGAUUGCGGACGAAUAUUUAUUUGGAAGAAAGGCGGAGAGCUUGUUCGUGUUAUGAAAGCAGAUAAACAUGUGGUCAAUUGUAUUGAGUCUCAUCCUCAUACUGCAGUUCUGGCUAGCAGUGGAAUUGAGAACGACAUCAAGAUAUGGACUCCAAAGGCUAUUGAUAAAGCUGUGCUUCCAACAAACAUUGAACAGGUUUCAAAACGUGGCCUCUUUCAUUUGUUGCCCUUUUCUGCAUUCUACGAAGAUGACGACGACGACGACGACUAUGACUGUUUUGGUGGUGGUAUUGUUGAGUAUUCUGAUGAUGAGGGUGAGGAGGAAGAUGACUCUGAUGAUGAGGGUGAGGAAGAUGACUCUGAUGAUGAUUAUCUUGAUGUUUAUGAUGAGAUUGAUGAUGAUGAUGAUGACGACAACGAAAAUGACGGUGAUGAUGUCAACGAAAAUGACGGUGAUGAUGUCAACAGUGAAGACGUUGAGAGUGGUGAUGAUAGUGAUUUUCAAACCAAAACCUCGGGGCUGGAUGUAUCGACUAACGAUGCCGCAUGACCUGAUGCUGCACUUAUUUUCAUUACAAAGACAAGGGACUAGCCCAGAACGGAAUGAAGAAAAUGCAUCGGCAGUAGGCAGAGAA